AUGGCAGACAAGAGAAAAUUGCAGGGCGACAUAGAGCGUAACCUCAAGCGCGUUCAGGAGGGACGCCUCGCAUUUCAGGAAAUUCUUGAGAAGUUUGAGGCGUCCACCAACCAAACUCAAAAGGAAAAAUUUGAGGGGGAUCUGAAAAAAGAAAUAAAAAAGCUUCAAAGGCUGCGAGACCAAAUUAAAACAUGGCUUACUUCGAACGAGGUUAAAGAUAAGCGGCCUUUACUAGAGGCUCGAAAGGAGAUAGAGCAAGAUAUGGAACGGUUUAAAGUUAUAGAGAAGGAAACUAAAACCAAAGCUUACUCCAAAGAAGGUCUCCUUUCAACGGAUUCCAAGAAGGAUCCCCUUCAGAAGGAAAAGGAAGAACUUGAAGAAUGGCUCAAACAAAGCAUUAGUCUUCUUCAAACUCAGUCAGAAAAGUAUGAAUUUGAAAUCGAGAGUCUCUCUACUAGUAACAAAAAGAAGCGCGUCGAUAAAGACAAAGCUGCUACUAUUGAGGAUAAAAGGCAACGGCUUGAUACAUGUACAUUUCACACAGAAAAGUUGGAAACGAUAAUGCGGCACCUGGAUAAUGAGAGGCUAGAUUGUGGAAAGGUCAGAUCUAUUAAAGAUCCUGUCGAAUAUGUAGUAGAGUCAGUGGACGAUCAGUCAAAUCAGGCAUUGAGUGAUUAUAGAAGCCUCUAUGAUGAUUUACAUUUAGAUGAAUUAGGUGAUACUACC